GAAAUUUAGUAAAUAAAUUAAUAAAGACAUGAGUACUAAUAUGAGAGGGUUGAAUACAUUCAUUACUGACAUUCGUCACUGCUCUAAUAAAGAAUAAGAAGAAAAAAGAGUAGAAAAAGAAUUGUAAAAGAUUAGAGGAAAAUUUACAUCCUAAAAAGGAUUAGCUGGAUAUCAAAAGAAAAAGUAUGUUUGGAAAUUGUUAUAUAUCUAUAUUCUAGGUAAUAAUACUAUAUAUAUUAUUAGGUUAUGAAGUUGAUUUUGGAUAAUAAGAAUGUGCCUUCUUAAUUAAUUCAUCUAAAUUUAGUGAAAAAUAUACAGGAUACGUAGCUACAUCAAUAUUAGUAAGUGAAAAAACACAUGAUUUAUUUACAUAAGUAGCAUCAUCUAUAAGAAAUGAUUUAUAAUCUGUAAAUGAGAUUAAUCAAUCUUUGGCACUCACUAUGGUUGGAACAUAAGCACCUUAAGAAUUAGUUAAUGCUUUACAUUAAGAUGUCUAAAAAUUAGCAUUGACAGAAUCAAGAUCAACAUUUCAUGUUAGAAAAAAGGCUUGCGCUUGUUUACUUAGAAUGUAUAGAAAAUAUUAAGAUAAAUUUUAACCAUCUUAAUGGGCAUAAGGAAUAUCAUAAAUGUUUGAAUCUAGGUAUAUAUUAUUAAUAUAUUAUAAUAGACAUCCUUCAUUAGGAUUCAUGACAGCAGCCACUUCAUUAUUAGUUGGAACAUGUUAAUUAGAUAAUCCCUCAAUUUUUGAGGACUGUACCCCUAAGUUAAUUAAAUUACUUCAUAAGAUUGCUAUCUAAAAAGAUAGUCCUGGAGAUUAUAAUUAUUAUGCAACUCCUGCUCCAUGGUUAUAAGUUAAGAUUUUGAAAGCUCUUUCAUUUUUUUCACCACCUCCUCCAUCAACUGAUUCUCAUCGUUAAUUAACUGAAUGUUUAACCAAAAUUAUUAAAAAAACUGAAGUUACCAAAAGUAUUAAUAAAAAUAAUGUUGAUCAUGGUAUACUAUUUGAAGCAGCUAAUCUUGUUAUCACUUACAAUGGGGCUGUUGGAAUGGAAUUAAAAAAUGAUAUUCUCAAAUUAUUAGGAAUCUUUAUAUCUGUUAAAGAACCAAAUCUUAGAUAUCUAGGAUUAGAAACUAUGUGUAAAUUUGUUAAACUUGCUGGAGAUUCUUUAGAAGAUCAUUUAAAUACUAUUUUCAAAUCUUUAAGAGAUAAUGAUAUUUCUAUUAGAAAAAGAGCAUUAGAUUUACUUUAUCUUAUUAGUAGUCCUAAUACUAGUUAGAGAAUUGUAGAGGAGUUAUUGAGUUAUGCUGAAAAUGGAGCUGAUUUGCAAAUUAAAGAUGAUUUAGUUCUCAAAAUCGCUAUUCUUUCUGAAAAAUUUGCAGAUAAUUUAUAUUGGUACAUUGAUGUUGUUGUAAGAAUGAUAAAUUCAUCUGGAGAUUUUGUGACUGAAGAUAUCUGGUUUAGAAUCAUUCAAAUCAUUGUUGGUUUUUAAAAAGAAGGCAAUCCAGAAUUAUAAAAAUAUGCUGCCACUAAAUUGUAUUCCUAAUUAUCUAUGCCACAUGUACACGAAACAUUAAUUUGUAUUGGAGCAUUCAUAAUAAGCGAAUAUUCAUAGAUGUUAGUGGAAUAAAAUAAAGAACCCUAAAAAUUAUUUGAUAUUCUGAAUAAACAUUAUACAUUCAGUACUGAAAGAAGCAGAUAAAUGUUGUUAAAUGCCUUUAUAAAAUUGGCAAGUAAAUAUCCAGAACUAAAAGACUAAGCAAUAAUGAUAUGUCAAAUAGCUGGUGAACACUUUGAUCCAGAUAUUUAAUAAAGAGGAAUAGAAUAUUUUUCAUUGUUAAUGGAAGAUGACAAACUCUUAAAUCAAAUAGUAGUUAAAAUGCCUCCAUAUUCAGAACAAGUCUAAUUGAAUAAUCCUCUAACAAAAAGAAUAUAUGGUAUGGUUUUAAAUCCAAAGGAAUAAAAGGAUCCUACAUUAUUAAAUUAAGCAAGAAUUUAAGCUAAUCAAGAAAUAGCUAUGGCUGAAUAAAGAUUAUAAAGCAAGCCUGAAUAACUUUAAAAGCAUUUGAGUUGGUUAAAAGCAUGUCCGUACUUGAAUUAAUUCUAAGGAUAGAUUGCUCUUGAGGGUGUUAAUAUAAUGGUUCCACCAUCUCCUGAUGAUAAUAAUCUAAAAUCCCCUUCAAUAAGCAAUAUAAAUGAAAUUAAAUUAUUAUUAACUAGCUAAAUAGGAAAGAUAGUUGACAAACCUGAUGAUCUUGUUGUAUAAUAUAAAUCAGAAAUAAAUGGACAUUUAGGAAAGGUAUAAAAUUUACUAAAUUAUCAUUAGAUCUCUUUCUAAUUUGAAGCAAAAUCUCCAAUUCAAAACUUAUCUAUUCUUGUUUCCUAAACUAAUGGUAUGCUAUUCAACAUUUUACCUGUAAAAUAAGGAGAUUUUCCAUAAGUCAUGAUGUAAGUUUUAAGUUAUGAUGGAAAUAUGACGUUGCCAAUUGCAUCAGUAUUUUAUGAAGAAAAUGGACAACAAAAAAAACGUGAAUUUCAUCUUCCCAUUUAUACAAAUAAAUUUGUAUAACCUGUUGAUAUGCCUUAUGAUAAAUUCACUAAAUUCUUUGAUGAUUUUACGUAUUUAUUAUUUGAUAAUCUAUAGAAACAAUCUAGUCAAUCCAAACUAUUUUAAAUUAGAUACUUUUAUUAGAAAUACUGCUCCAUCAAAUAUUCCAAUGUCUGAAGUACUCAAAAAAGCUGGAGGAUUGCUAUCUGUUGGAUUGAAUUUAAAAGCGUAAUCAACAAUUUAUAAUUUAGUCAACCAUUCCCAUCUCUUGAAAAUUUGCAAAUGAUUUGGGCUUGUGGAUAAUUGAUUAUUAAACCUCCAGAACAAAAUAAUAUUUUAAAUCUACCAAUAAUGGUUGUUAUAUCAUCAUUAGAUCAAACUACAGAAUUUUUAAGAGUAGGAAUAAGAUGCGGUGGAAAUGGAGAAAUCGCUAAGAAUUAUUUGAAAUUAAUAAUGCUCUAUCUGGGAUGAUCAAUAUUACACAAUAUAAAAAUAUUUAUAUCUGUCU